AGCGGACGUACCACUGUCGCUGAGCUUAGACUUUGGUUGAUGGAGCGGUUGCCUAGUUUUUUCGAUCCUCAUUGCCGCGCGAAGCACAAUUCACGUUAUACCGUUCCUCCUUCCCCGCUGAACGGCCGCAGCUCUCUUCGAACUCACCCCUCGUUUCCCGUUUAUACCUGAAGCUCCAAGUUUACGAUACGGUCUAUCGGACGGCCCCGCUAUGCCUACUGCGAAAAGCAAAGGCAAGGGUCGUGAGCCUAGAGGCUCCCGAAGCCGCAAUACCACUCCGAGCUCUGCGUUGAGUGCCAGCACCGUCGCGGGGACAACGUUUUCUCUAGGUUACCUCGACAAUGAUGUGUCAAAGCUCGCCGUUCCCCCCACCGUACAAUAUUCCGAUAUACUUGGUGAACUGGGGGGUACCAACCAGAUACCAGACCCUAGGGCCCUAGAGAUUCUCGUCGAACAGCUCAAGGUACUUAGCCAAGUGGCAGAGGCUAGAGGCGAUGCCUGCAAUGCCGGAAUGCGAGAACUAUCCCAUAAGAGGAAAGAAUUGCUUGAAGAACAGAGAGAUCAAGCUGGCCAUCCCGCAGAAAAACUCAAAAUGAAGAGAGAAGCGGAGGAUGAUGAGGAUGAUGGGCGUGCUUCCAAGGGAGGCAAGCUGAAGAAGCGAAGAGAUAAGGGGAUUUCAAGGGAUGAACGGCCACUCGCAGUGGGGGCUCACGCCACGGCGAGACAGGACGCCUUUGACUUGAGACCUGAUGGACCUCAAAAACGCAGCGGUAAAGACGCGGCAGGUUCUUCUUCUUCUCCAAACAAGAAGUCAAAGAAUUUACCUUCAUCUACUUCCUCUCUUUCACCACCAUCGAUCACUUCUCCCAGGGCCGGCGAUCGGACCUCAAGGCCUGGGUCCCCAGAGUCAAUGGAGAGCGGUGACUCCUACCAACCGGCUCCGGCUCCGGCUAUUCCUCAAUAUCAGGUCUUCGGUCCCGAUCCGUUAAGAUUUGACGACCCUACGACUUACCAUAUCCGAGAAGUCAACCCGGGAAUGACUGAUGAGGAGAAAAAAGAGAUUUAUUGUGUUGCAGGGUUUCCCCAGAGCGACCUGAGCCAUAUGAUGGCCGGAACAAUACCCGAUAAGGAUUUCAGCAAUGCCAAACCCACGAGUCAAGUUAAUGCAAAUACAUUUGCAACGUACAUCGAGCCUUACGUUCGUCCAUUGACAGAGGAAGAUAUAGCGUUCCUUAAAGAGAAAGGUGAUCGCGUUACUCCUUUCCUCAUUCCUCGCCGUGGCAAGAAGCACUAUAGCGAUAUCUGGGCUGAAGAAGAUGGCUCGAUCAAUAUCGACUCUUCCCAACAGGAGCGAGAAAAGUUGCCUUUAAAUCAAGGUCGAGGCAAUGUCGAACAGAUUUCCGAUGAUACUGCGGAGACAGACCAAGUCUCCGCUCCGCCGUUGCUUAGCCGUCUCUACUCGCUUCUCCGUUUUGAGCAUCGAACUCUUCCUGAAGAGACUGCUGCCGCUCAGUCAACUAGCCACGAAGAAUCGGCGUCGCACGCGAAUUUUAAUGGCGAUACGGCGAUGGAAGUUGAUCAGGUGACCGGAGAACCCGAAUCAAAGCCUCUAAACUCGGCGACAGCCUUUCCGGACGCAUCCCCGAACGGAUUCAAAGUACCUGCGGCCAAGCUCGACCAUUCACAGCUUGACGAGCGUCUGAAAGCCGAACUCCGUUAUAUCGGCUUUAUCGGUCCAGAGGAGAACCCAGACUAUGACGCUCAUUACGAUGAUGAUGUUGCUGAGCGUCUCCGAUUCCUUCAGAGCGAACUCAAAAAGCAAAUGAUCAUCAAUGGGGCAAGAAAGACCCGCCUGCUCGAAAUAGCUCGCGAACGCCUAGCCUAUCAGGAAUACACUACCAUUCAUGACGAUCUCGACUCACAGGUGCAGCAAGCGUAUCUAAAGCGUACACGUACCCUCGGUAAAAGUAAAAAGGGAUCGCAGGCUAAGCAUCGUCCUGGCGGAGCGGGUGGAGGAAGCCAUCCCGUAAAUGCGCUUGGAGUUGGGAGGCCCGGAAUAGGCGAUUUGGCCCGUACGCUUAUGGAUAGACGGAAGCGGUGGGCAGACUGCAUUGGACCGGUAUUUAAGGAUUGUAAGACUACUGUUCCUGGAAAAGACGGGUCGAUUUGGGAUCCGGUGGUUAUGGCGGAAUUUGAGAAAGCAGAGCUUGAAGGAUGGGACGAGGAGCAAGAGUAAAAUGGUUCGAUUUUGAACGAUUACGUGCCUGGCGCGGAAAUUAUUUCACUUUUCUCCCUUAACUUAUUUUUAUGGGAGCGCCUUUCUAUGUUUUGGUUGGUUCCAGGGACUGGGUGGCUAUAGUGUCUGGGAUAUGAAGUGAGUAAUAAGGGAGGUAGAGCGGGCGUCCAGGGAAUGGAUUAAGGUACGGAGUUAUGGGCGAGAGGGGGCAUCCCUUUUUUUUUUUUUACAUUAAUGGCACUUUUUCUUGAAUCUCAUCGUGAAUUCUCGAUAUUCGACCUUUGCAAUAAUUUGCCGUCCUCCCGCUAUAACCAAAGCAACAUGCUCCCGGAAAAGAUGUCCAUUGAGGGAUAUCAUACCAUCAGAUAUAAGGUAGCCAAUGACUCCCGAACUUCCCACCAUCGAUCCGUAACCUGGAUACUUCAUCGAUGAAUGAUCAACACUUCUCCCGGAUAUCGCUUCAACCUUGAAGUAAGCUCCUUCUCGCUGAUUUCCAGCUCCGUGCAAAUCUCAUCGAAGCAAUGCAUCCCGUCUAGGAACUUCGUUAGCGUCUUAUCAUCAAUACCAUCUUCUUCCACUCCUCCUUCUCCCUCUCCGUUCUCAUCCUCAUUAUUGUCAUUCUCAUCCCCCGAAUGAUCCUCGGCGUGGGAGUGCAGUUCGGUAGGUCCGAUCAAGUGUCCGCUCUUCCGACGUCGGGAGGUAAAUGAGCUCAUCGACUCGAUGCCGCUGGCGGUGGAGCCCAUGCGACUACGCGUGAACGACGGUGAGCUGGAGAGGAACGAUAUCUGCUGCGUGCCGUUGGCGAGCGUGGUCGUCACUGUCGUUGUCUGCGCGGGCUGGCCCGUCGCAUAUGGAUAUUUGUGGACGCGGUACAGGAAUCCCUUUAUAACUCCGAAAGUGAUAAAGCGUCGAACAUCGAUGUUGGCAAGUUCGCGCGUGUGCUCCAGGUACCACUGCUUGACGCUUUGGCCUUGUUUUAAGCUCGCAUAUAGUUCGACGAUCCCGACGCCGUCUACUAUCCGAGACUGCUUGCCUGUGUGUCCGGGACCGGUAGCUCUGGCAUCUUUGCCCAUCUGUGGCCAGAUAUUAUCUUGAUCUGCCCAGGCUUGUCUCUCACGCCGGGAUGCGUCGUUUCGACCUCUUGACCCUGUUUGCCGCGAUCCGGCAGUUUUUGCAGGAGCUAAAGUUGGGGAGAAGCGAGUGUUGACGUAACGAGCGCAUUCGCGCUGCAUCUCCUCAUCGGAAGCGAUGGUGAAGCCGAACUGCGCCGUUGGAGCGUAUAUGGCGGAGAAAGAAAAGAUAUCGAGAAGAAAAACACAUCCGUAGUAGACAAGAUGACGGAUCGCGCGGCA